GAGUUCUGCGGAACUCAUUUUGAGCACGGGGGUUUUAGCCGGUAGGAUUUAAGAAAGGGUUCACUUCCGGUAGCACCGGAAGCAGUUUGAAGAUGGCGUCCUCCAAGCAGGACGGGCAAGCUGCAGCGUCUAGGAAAAGUGAAUUUCGUAGCCAGAAGCCGAAGCCGGAGAGCCGAGAUGAAUCAGAACUCCUCACUGUUCCUGAUGGUUGGAAGGAGCCAGCUUUUUCCAAAGAGGACAAUCCCAGAGGACUCUUGGAGGAGAGCAGUUUUGCAACUUUGUUUCCAAAAUAUAGAGAGGCUUACUUGAAAGAGUGCUGGCCAUUGGUACAGAAAGCCUUGAGUGAACAUCAUGUUAAUGCAACCCUGGACCUGAUCGAGGGCAGCAUGACUGUCUGUACAACAAAGAAGACAUUUGAUCCAUAUAUCAUCAUUAGGGCCAGAGACCUAAUAAAACUGUUAGCAAGGAGUGUUUCAUUUGAACAGGCAGUACGAAUUCUUCAGGAUGAUGUUGCAUGUGACAUCAUUAAAAUAGGUUCUUUAGUAAGAAAUAAAGAAAGAUUUGUAAAAAGAAGACAACGGCUUAUUGGUCCCAAAGGAUCUACGUUGAAGGCAUUGGAACUCUUAACAAACUGUUACAUUAUGGUACAGGGAAACACAGUUUCAGCCAUUGGACCUUUUAGUGGCUUAAAAGAGGUUCGAAAAGUAGUCCUAGACACUAUGAAGAAUAUUCAUCCAAUUUAUAACAUUAAAACCUUAAUGAUUAAACGAGAGUUGGCGAAAGAUUCUGAGUUAAGAUCACAGAGUUGGGAAAGAUUUUUGCCACAGUUCAAGCACAAAAAUGUGAAUAAACGCAAGGAACCAAAGAAGAAAACUGUUAAGAAGGAGUAUACACCAUUCCCACCACCACAGCCAGAAAGUCAGAUUGAUAAAGAAUUGGCUACUGGUGAAUACUUUCUGAAGGCAAGUCAAAAGAAGAGACAGAAGAUGGAAGCAAUAAAGGCUAAACAAGCAGAAGCUCUUAGUAGGAGACAAGAGGAAAGAAACAAAGCAUUUAUUCCACCUAAAGAAAAACCAGUUGUGAAACCUAAGAAAGCUUCUACUGAAACUAAAAUUGAUGUGGCUGCCAUCAAGGAAAAGGUUAAGAAAGCAAAGAGUAAGAAACUGGGAGCUCUUACAGCUGAAGAAGUUAAGCUUAAAAUGGAAGCAGAUGAAAAGAAAAAGAAGAAAAAAAAGUAACAUACAAAAAACGAAAACAAAAAACCCUGAGCUAGAAUUUAUUAAGCUAUCUCCUUUUGUAAAGGAUUUUGAGAUACUAGGGCAUUAGUUGCCUUAUCCGUGAGAAGUAAUACCCUGAU